CCUCUGGGGAUAGCUGCCCAGAAUGGACAUACUGAGACAGUUCAGAGACUGUUGGAGGCAGGAGCCAACGCCAACCACCAGAACAAGAAUGGUGUGACUCCGGUCUACUUUGCCUCCUUGAAUGGUCAUAGAGCUGUAGUUAAACUGCUGAUAGAGAAUGGAGCUGAUAUCAGUAUCUGUAAUAAGGAUGGUGCCAGUCCACUCUUUAUUGCCAGUCAAGAGGGACACUCUGAUGUAGUGGACAUUCUGCUAGAGGCUGGUGCUGAUGUCCACCAGGCCACCACCAAG